CAUCGGACUGGGGCACCCCGAUAGGCGGGGACGGGUCCCGUUGGUUCUCUCUCCCGGACCCCUAAGGUUUGAAUGUUUUUCACUUCCAGUGGGCCCAGCGCUGAAAACUCUAGCCGAUCCAAUCAGAAUCGUCAUGAAACUUUUCUCUUCCUGCCCCUUGUCUCAACCACAGCCCUGGGGCGGGGACGGGAAGUAGAAGGAAGUUGGUGGGGCAGAGACCGAAGUAGAUGGUUUCCGAGUGGGCGCUCUAAGGGAGGGUAGGGCCGGCCAGCCCCGGGGGUGCUCGGGGGGCUAGGUGGUCCGAAAAACGGGCAGGUGACUCCGUGGCUGCUGACCCUUCCGGCCCCGUGGCGUACGGGCCCCGUGACCCCAAGCCCUCCGUCUGCCACCCCCCGUCCCGCGCCACCUUAGAAUGUUGUGGCGUCUCCGCUGAAGGAAACGAGGAGGCCUUCUUAUCCGGUCGUCUCUGGGACUCCCAUCUUCACCCAUCGGUCCCUGAAGAGUACCAUGUUCCUCGGGCCGCUGCCUUGGCCGUCGCUGCUGCUUCUGACCUGGAGCGUCUCGGGAGAUUUAUCGACUAAGAAGGUGGUUGGAAUAGUCAAUGAAUCCGUGCUCCUGGAACCCACCGUGGUCCUCCCCGAACGUUAUCAAGAUAUCGUCUGGGACUUCAACGGCAGCCGGGAAAUCCUAGAAUGGAAAAAUAACGGGGACGGGAAGCCAAAGUUCUACGCGCACUACGAGAAACGGGUCACGUUCCACCAGAACAACGGCUCCCUGUGGCUGAACUCUCUACGGAAAGAAGACAGCGGACUGUACCAUCUCAAGGUGACACACCUGGACAAUAUUCAGGAGCGUUGGACGGUCAACCUGAGGGUGUACGAUUCAUCGGCUUUGCGAGUGGUGGGAGUAGUCGAUGGAUCCGUGUUCCUGGACCCCCCCGAGGUCCUCCCCCAACAGUACCAAGAUAUCGUCUGGGACUUCAACGGCAGUCGGGAAAUCCUAGAGUGGAAAAAGAACUGGGACAGGAAGCCAAAGAUCUACGCGCACUACGAGAACCGGGUCAGGUUACCCCAGAGCAACGGCUCCCUGUGGCUGACUGAUCUACGGAAGGAAGACAGCGGACCGUACAAUCUCAAGGUGACAUACGUGAACGAUGUUCAGGAGCGCUGGACGAUCAACCUGAUGGUGUAUGACAAAGUGAAUAAUGUCACCGUGAAGGUCAUCGACCAGACCCGGAUGGAUGGGAAGUGCAAUUUGGUUCUGGAAUGCCAGACCGGAACUCCGGGACCACUCAAGUUCAUCUGGGGAUUCAACAACACCCUUUUUCUGGGCAAUCGGACCCUCAACCUCACGAAGAAGAUCCAGGGACAGUCUCUCUGCUUCACCUGCCGGGUGGAAAACCCCGGCAGCUCGGCCAAGAGCAACAUCUGCUUUCCCGAUUCCUGCGUUCCAGGUUCCUCGGCCGAAGCCAGGUGCUCCUUAUGGCUGGCCGUGCUGAUUACCACCGCCCUCGGCCUCCUCUUCUCUCGCCGUUAGACGCCGUCACCGCCGGGACGGAGUCCUGCUGACCGGAGAGCGGUCAAGAAACAGUGGUGCUCAGAAACCUGGGAAAGUACAGUAUGACGAGAAACCGGAUUGUACUUUGCAAGCACUUAGUACAGUGGUCUGCACACAGUAAG